AUGCAUGAAAUCUGUCGCUCAAAGGCGAUGUUCCUACCUUUGAGCGAGUUUGAUGAUGUGACAAGGGCACUGAACUUCGAUACUCCUGACUGCAUGGUCGUGGGUGGUUGUGACCUUUAUACGACCAAGGCCGCAAGUGGUGAUAAGAAGUUGUACAAGAACAUUGAGAUCUCCUUGGAAUCGCAAUAUGAAUCGCUUCUGCGGCUCUCCGCCUCGCUCUCCCCACCAAAUGCGUCGUCCGCAGCCGUGUCACUUAACCUCUCGCGCUCGAGCCCGUUUGGCCCCUUGAGCGAACACUCCAGCCGCAGGACUUAUGCUUAUCUUAUCGCUACUCUGAACGCGAGCCAUCCGGACUAUGACUUUUCACACGUCUUGCGGCCUACUGAUUUCCGCCGCGAGAAGAACUUGAGGAGAGUCAUGGAUACCAUCGACACGACCUUGUUUAAUCUCCGUCCGCAGUUGGCACGCGACGUCACUCCACCUACUCCAACCUCAUCCUCUCCACACAUGUCGGCAACCGCGCAUUCAUGGGGCCCCAGGAUGUGGAAGAUCAUCGACAAUCAAAUGUCGCUUAAGGAGUGCAGUGUAUACUGCUACAGCCCGGAUGAAGACCCGUACGAUGGUGAAGAAGGCACCAUCUGGAGCCUCAACUACUUCUUUUUCAACAAAGUCAGGAAGCGUGUCUGUUACAUCUACUUGCGCGGGAUCAGCGUCCUCAGUCAACUCCCCGCUGAUGGCACAGCAACUCCGGUUCCUGGAAAGCGGAAUGUCGACGAUGACGGAUCUAUGUUCCAUGAUACCGGUGCCAGGAAACGCGCCAGAUAUUGGUUUGGCGAUGGCGCAAACGAUGAGAUGGAUGAAUUCAGCGCCGACGAGGAAGAGAGACAGCCAUCGCAACCCGCUCGUCCAGUUGUGGACGAGUUCGAUAACUACAUCCUCAGUGACGAUGAUCAACGCUCACAGACGGGUAGUAAACCUACUGUUCGCGCCUUGAGCGAAGAAAUUGCCGAUUCUAUGGAAGUGUAA